UGCGAAGCUUCCUAACGCAAGAUCGAACUCCAAGCAAACAGUCGCAGCCAUGGCUUUUCAACCAUUUCAACCGCUAAUAACAUUCAAAGCUGGCAUGUGCAAAGAAAGUACUUCUGGUGGGAAGACAAUAGAAUGUCUUCCCACACCGGGCUUCAUCUACCUGUACCAAAAUGCCGAAGAUGAGCUCACGCACUUCUGCUGGUCACGACGCUCAGACGCCACCAACGAACCAGAACUUGACUUGCUAAUGUUCCCCGGGGAUGGGAGCUUUACGCCAUACACAGAUCCCAAGAGCACAGGAAAGGACAAAUUCUCCCCCACGAAUGGACGCAUAUUCCGCCUCAAGUUUAGUUCGUCCCAAGACCGACACUUUUUCUGGCUGCAGUCCAAACCAACGCACCCCAGUGGCAAGCCUAACUAUUUCAGCGAGCGGGACCUAAAGCUCGGUGCUAUUGUAAACGAUAUAUUGCAGGGUGAGGAGGUAGAUGUGCAAGCCGCUCUGAGUUCUGCAGGCCCAGGCCGACCCGAUGAAGACGAAGACAUGGGUGACGCACCACCGGACGACGAGCUGCGGAGAACAGGCACUGGUGGGGCAGGUCCUGGCGCAACCGGCGGCGACUUCCGGGAAGAAGGCGAAGAAGCGCGAGAGGGUGGUGCAGAUGGAGCGAGAGCGGCUUCGUCCGGUCUCACCACAGACGCCAACGAUGCCGUUCAGAACUUCCUUCGAUCGUUAAGCGGUGGCAAUGCCAGCGGAGGCUUCCAGAAUCUUGAGCAAAAUAGUGCUUUCGCUUCGCUUACCGACCUCCUCACCCCAGAAGCUUGCAUAGCAACAUUAUCCAACGCAUCACCUUCCUAUCUCGAUAAUUUGCUUUCUAAUCUCCCUCCACAAUUGCUCGUGCUCGCCCAACGUGCCGAUGACACGGCAUCCCUAGACUCUUCCGCCGAAUCGACGACUGAUGCACAGGCCACCAUCGAUGCACUUAGCAUAUCCCAAAAGAAGGAGAUUCUCACGCGCGUUUUCCGUAGUCCACAACUAUUCCAGAGCUUGGGGAGCCUGACAGCUGCACUGAGAGAUGGUGGGCUGCCCAUGGUGGCCGAAGCGCUACAGAUCAAAGUUGCGAAUGGGGGCCUGAUCAAAGGUGGCCAUAUGCCUCUUGGUGGGGGACAGGCUGUCCAAGCUUUCCUGGAUGGUGUCAGGAAAUCUGUUGAGGAGGAAGACAAGGAUGAGAGCGAAAGAAACAGUGUUCCAAGUGGGAGGAUGGAUAUUUCCUAAAAGAUAUCUUCGAGAUCUAUCCGAGGAUGACCUCACGCCCCUGAAACGAGUCAUUGGCUGAAUGACCAAAUGUUAUAGAGCAUGAUGUGCGUUUUCAGAUCUUAGGCUUAGGAGCUCAUACAUGACUUAAUUGUUACUCAUCUGACCGAUUGAGUAAUUGUAUAGUCAGCAUAAUUGCUUCGAUUAGAGCGAGGUUUGAUCAUUCAAAACUUGUACUCCUUGUUUUCACACUGGCAACCUUCUUUUCUUUCCUCAUAAGCCCGUGGACCCCGUCUGUUAAAAGAACAAUUUAUUGCUGAAUGAUACGCUGCAAGUUGGGAUGCGACUUUAGGAGUUGACAUGUCGA